AGAAGCUGAAGAAGAAGAAGAAGCUGGGAGCCAGAGGCUAUAGCAUCACAGGACACCUGAGAGUCCAAGACAAGAGAUCACCACCAGACAGAGUUGCUUGUUUUACAACAGAGGAGGAACAAGUGCCUUUUUGUUUUUGUCAAGUUACCAACUUUCCACAGUGGUGACACCGACCUGCAGACGGUCCUGGCCAUGAGACGUGUGCGAGUGUGUUUCUGCCUGGCUCUGCUGCUGCCUUGGUGCAUCCAGAGCCAGAGGAGUCGUCCAGAUCUCCCCAAACUCGACGAGGACACACAAAGGGACAUGCUGGCUGUCGACAUCUUAAACCGCAGCGGCGUGUUGAACUCGUUGCUGCAGUCAGAGCAUCACCUGGUGCUCAGGCGAGCACGAGCCCCACGUCCAGCCUCCCAGGUGCCAAAGAGAGCCCAGCAGGGCUCUCGCUUUGCCCUGUCCCUCGAUGUCCCAACAAGCAUCCUCAGCGUCCUCAUAGACCUGGCGAAGAACCAGGACAUGAGGACCAAGGCGGCAGCUAAUGCAGAACUAAUGGCACGAAUAGGCAAGAGGAAAUGAAAGCCCCAGGGAGCAGUCUGGAGGCUCGCUGGAGAAAUCUCACCUCACAGUGGAGUUAACACAUUGUGGUGCCGACAGCUGAUUAGAAACAAUGUUAGUUCAGGUGAAAAGAGUCAUUUCGGUCAGUAUCUGUCCUUUAGAGCUUAGAUCUGCUUUACUUUUAUUCCUGUAUGAAAUCAUUUAUUAGAUUACUGCAUUCCACACUCCAUGGACUGACUCUUGAAAUACUAAUAAUCAGACAGAAUGAUGUAAAACUAUCUCAUAAACAGGACACUGCAAACAAUGUAAGAUGAAGCUGGCCUUUUGUCUCACAAAUUAUUCACCACUGGAAACUUCAGAAACUGUGUCUCGGAAAUCUGUUUCUUGUGUGUGCAUGUGUAAUCUUGAAUUCAAAGAUAAGGUUGUUCAAUUAAAUCCAAUAUGAUAAUCAUA